AUGAGAACGAUUUCCCUCGUUGUUGCUUCGAUUCUCGUCUAUCGAAUGCGUUCCGUACGUGGUUUUCGAACGCAUAGUUAUCGACGCCACCAUCGGCCGUGUCUACGCAAGCCAACGCGGUAUCCUGACGUUCCAAAUGAGUCCACCACUGCUCGGAGUUUGACGCUCUCCAGUCUGUCAACCUCGCCCAUCGUGUGGGCUGCCGGACACGCUUUGGGGGGAAUCCUUGGUGUCCCGGCUGUGGCGAAGGCAACCAAGACCUGGUACAAGAAGAUUGAUUUACCCUCCUGGACACCACCGGACUUUGUCUUUGGACCCACGUGGACCUUCCUUUACGCUUCCAUGGGCGUGGCGGCCUGUCGUGUCUACCAGCGAACGUCCUCGCUCACUUCGUCCGGACCGCUCCUCCUCUGGAUGGUGCAUUACCUCGUUCUGAAUCUGACCUGGGCACCCGUUUUCUUUGGAAAGCAACGAUUACGACUCGGUAUGAUCCUCAAUGUACUCAUGCUUGUUACGUUGGGUAUUCUCAUUCCCUUGUUCUACCGGAACAACCCGCUUUCGGGCUUGCUCUUACUUCCCUACCUCGCCUGGCUCACCUUUGCCACGGCACUCAACAAUUCCAUUUGUCGACGAAAUCCGACCCAAAAUGGUUACAACGAAGCCAUGCUACAGGCGGAUCUCAUCCAGCUACAAAGCAAGGCGGCAGAGUACGCCGCCCUGUAA